AUGGCGCGCUGGCUCGACGUCCUCGCCGCCAAGGGCGUCAAAGAACUCAUCUUUGUCAACCGCCCCUGGCCGGUCGACCUGCGCCUCCCCGCCACGCUCUUCAGCUGCGCCUCCCUCACCCGCCUCUACCUCGGAGUCUGGAGGCUCCCGGACACCGCCGCCGUGCCGCGCCGCGCCACCUUCCCCAACCUCCUGGAGCUCGGCCUCUGCUUCACUGUCAUGGAGGACCGGGACCUCGCCUUCAUCCUCGAAAGAAGCCCUGUUCUCGAGACUCUCGUCAUCACGGGAAGCCAGACUGGAGUGCGCCUCCGCCUGGUCAGUCACAGCCUGCGGUGCCUGCUGCUGGGCCUUACCUACUUGGAGGACAUCGAUGUGGUGGAUGCCCCUCGCCUGGAGAGGCUCAUUCAGUGGACAAAUUUUGGCGAGCACAGCAGCAGUAAGGGUAUGCUGCGCCCCUCCAUGAUCAAGAUUGGCCAUGCACCCAAACUGCGUAUGCUGGGAUACCAUGAGCCAGGAGAUAGUGACAUCGAGAUUACCAAAACUGUCACUGUGGCUGGCACCAAGGAGAAAAUUGUCCCCAGUGUCAAUAUCUUGGCCAUAGAGGUGCAAUUUGGAGUGCGCAGUGCUCUCAAGAAAGUGCCUGGCUACCUCAGAAGUUUCCCAAAUCUCCAGACGCUCCAUGUCCAGUCCAAGAGAGCUGAAGAGCCCACUGGCAAGGUCAAUCUCAAGUUCUUGCAGGAGGGCGGUCCCAUCAAAUGUGUCGUGCAGAUGCUGAAGAAGGUGUUCUUCUAUGAGUUCCAAGGGUCGAAGAAUGAGGUUGCUUUCCUCAAGUUCAUCGCAGAGAGAGCUCGGGUGCUGGAGAAGAUGGUGGUUGUGGUGGCAAGUGAAUGUUUCUCAUCGGGGGCUAAUGUGAAUGUCAAACUGAAGCCCCUGAUAAGUGCAAACUGGAUUAGUCAAGCUUGUAAACUUCAGCUCUUCAAGAGCCCACGCACUCACGGGGGACCUCCGAUUUUCUGCCAGCAACGAGCAUCUGACCUUUCGUUUCCUGAUCCUUUUGACCUCGUCUACUAUCAAGAAUCUCUGUAAGUGCUGAAGUUUAACUAGUGGCACCAUGCCUAGCUUGUAGAAGACUACUUGCACCUAGACUUUUAUCGGACUUGCAGCAGCUAAU